AUGGAGGCCUGGGUGGCAGAGCCCAGCACCACCGUCGGGAGAAAGCCAGCCCUCCCUCCUCGCCUCCCAGGACCCCAGGUGGGGGUGGAGGGGCAGAGCAGGAGAAUCUACUGUACAGUUUCGAGACAGACACCCCGACGGAGACACUGCAGCCAGCCAGGCCUCACGGAGCGGCCGCCCCUCUCCACCCACAGAGAGAGAAGCACCCGGGCCGACACGCCCAGGACCCCCAUCUCCGCCCCGGCGCCUCGCCCACUGCCUGGCCGGGUGCCUGGCACAGUCAGUGCCCUUCUCACAGGGGGCCGCGGCUGUGCCUGCCUCCUCCCCUCCCUGCCCGGGAGCUCAGUCGGACUGGUCAACCGCGUCCGGGACCAAGGCCCCUCUUCCUCUCCAGAGAUACACGUGGGGGCAGCCACAGCCCCGAACCAGUGUCCUUCAGGCGAGAGCGGAAAGAUUCGAUGUUUGAGACACUGCCGGUCACCCAAGGAGAGCCGGGGCGAGAGCUCCUACCGCCCACGGCCGCCCCCCGACCCUGCACACCGCCCGCCCUUCCUGAGCACUGGCCGUGUGCCAUCUGCAGGCACACCCGGAGCUGCAGUCACCGGGCUGGCCGGCCUGGCUCCGCGCAGGGGACACCAGGAGCACCCAGGCGACAUGGUCGUGCGUGGCCUCACGCUUUCUCCCCGUGCUCUGCUCGGGAACAAGGGCCGAAAGCACACGCGGACAGAGAUGGGCCUCUGCCCUCUCCCCCUGGGGGGACAGGGAAGCUCAGACUGA